AUGCAAUGCCGCGCUUGUAUGCAAAAAAACUAUGAUGGAUUUGUGGAAAUGAGUUACGCCGUAUCAGCAGACGGCAAAACCUUGUACGAUUACUUUAAUGAAUGUACCCAGCUUCAAGCGACAAAUACAGACAAUCUUCCGAAAUUGCUAUGUCUAGCGUGUACUCAAAGUUUGCGCGCGGCCUACAAUUUUAGGCAAGGCGCUCGCCGUUCAGAUGAGGAACUAAGGAAUAUUUUGGAAGGUGCACAUUUUGGCGAUUAUUUGAACCAGUCUAUAUAUGAAAUUGAGGAAGUAAAUUUACCCUUACAAGAUAUAAAGACCGAACUUACAAUAGAGAUAAUUAACGAAUUAGACGCGGGACAGUUAUCAAAUGUAGAUUCUGAUGAAUCGAUACCAUAUGAAAGUGAAAAUGGAAAUGAUGAGUUUAGUAGGGCGACCCAUAUCUGUGAAUUCUGUGAAUGUAGUUAUACCACGCAAAAUAAACUAAAAGAUCACAUUUUAAACCUCCACAAGGAUGAAAUUACUUGUACCAGGUGUCAGCAGAUGUUCGAAAUGCCAAGAGAACUGAAAUUGCACGAGGAGCUUGUUCACAUGACUGAAUCGCCUGUGGCCUGUCCAUGGUUUUGUAGUCCAGAUACUCAUGAGCCUUUUCAGUGUGAACGUUUUCAAGAGUUCUUGCAGAUUGAGUUAGCAGAUAACAUUCACGAGCACACAUUCGAAUGUGUCAUAUGUUCUAAGAGUUUCAAAGAACAUAGUGCUUACAAAACCCACAUAAAAAGCAUACAUAAUAGUUCCAUUUGUAGUAAGGAAGAUAUCCCUACGAAAGAUGAUGGGAAAUUGAAGAACGCACUAGAGUGUUCC